CUCUGCAUAAAUAACUUACUGCUUGGACAAGAGAACCAUCGUAAUCCCCGCGUUUGCUUGGUUGCUUACUUUUGCUGCAGCUUUCAGAACAGGCUCGCUUGUACGGUUGUGUCGCUAGUGAGUUUUACUGAUAGUAGUAAACAAACUGAUUCUUGGAAAACUACCUGGAUAACACGGCCACUCGCACUUGACCAUGGCGACCAUGGGGCCCGUUGAACAACACAAGAAGGAGCUGUGCAAACAGGCAUACCUGCUAAUACAUAAAUACCUUGCAGCAGCCGGCAAGGAAGGGCAAGAAUCAUUUGAUUUCCGCAAGAACAUCCGAAAGAAGGAUGCGCUCGACAUUGACAUGGCUACAAACAAGGAGGUCAUUGCGGAGGUGUCCAGGUUCAAGGAGCAGGGCGGGCUAGCGGCGCUGCUGGCUUCAGGGGGCGGUGGUACAUACGUUGCAGCAAGCGGUGCCAAGGCGAGUAAGAAAGGGGCGAGCACGCCCGGGGCAGCCGCGAGUUCGGGGGCAGGCCUGCCGCCCCUGGCGCCCGCGGCAAAAGGCUCCGCCAAGCCCAGCCGAUCCAAAGGCGGCAAGGACGGCACAUCCUCGCCACCCAACAUCCAGCUUCCAAGCAAGCUGGGCGCCAAGGUGAACCGCUGGUGGGCCAAUGAGAAACAGUGGUACACCGCAGUGGUCACGGACUACAACGCCGAUACCAAUCUGUACAGGCUGACGUACAACUUGUCCAGCUCCCAGGAGACGUACGAGGACUUCGACCUGGACGGCGCGGACCCGGCCAUCUACGAACUGACGGGUGAGACCAUGAACCUGCUGGCCAUGACCGGCAGCGCGGCGGUGAACAACUCGGUGGUGCUGCAGCCCUAUCUGGCGCGAGCGGGCGUGGCAGGCGGCGGCGGCGGCGGCGGCACCAAGUCGGGCAGCAAGAAACGGCGGAGCGAAGACGACGACAGCGAUGACGACUUCUGAGGGGCAGAGCUUUCUUUCUGAGAGGAAGUGAGGGACAGCGCUUUUACAUGAGAAGAAAGGGGAGCGGAGGCGGGUGAGGGGACCAAGAGCAAGGGCGACAGGCAAGCAGCGCUCGCGGUAGAGCAGAUGGGUUUGUCAGUAGAAGGAAGAGCCGUACUGCGUUGCCUUGUAGGAGAAGCAUCAGCUGAUUCAGAGCAUGAGCCAACAAUUAGCCGUUGAGAAGAGGCGCCAUAUGCGACACUGUUACGUUGCGAGGAGGUUGAGAGCGAAGGUAGGGUGAAUCCAGCAAUGCCGCCUUCUGAGCAGGAACCAGGACGUGCACAGCUGUUCACAGGCAGCGGAGGUAGGAACCAGGGGCGGGCAGUUGGUGGGGCCGCAACGCGGUGUUACACGGAUUCAGGAAAGAUUUGAAUGUCUUUGUGAGCGCGCGACGGGUCAGCGAGCACAUCGGUGCAGGGCUGCAGGCAGAGUUCUCAGGUUCCAAGGGCUGCGCGGGUGCUCUCGUGGCGGUGGGGCUAACAACGGGCGGCAUUGGCGUGCGCGGAGCACGCAAAGGUCCUACUGAGGUGCCGAGCCUGUUGAGGUAGGCACAAGCCGGAGUGGAGCACAGCGGAUGAGCGCAGGACUAGGCCAUCCGGGCCUAAGGCUGGAAGGCCUGGGCACAUCAAGCGAGAGCAGGAAUGGCCGUGAGUGCUCGUGAUGGAACAUGGCAAGGGGCAGGAAAGCGUAGUCCCGAUGUGUGUGGCUCCCACCCGUGCCCACAUAAAUGCGUAGCAAGAAGGGACAAGGCAUUGGUGCGUCGUUCGCGCGCUGUUACUGUACCGACGGUA